AAACUUUAGGGUGAGAGAAAGAAAUGACUGCGUUUGUUUGAGUCUUUGUCCCCCCUCUCUCUCCUCCUUCUCCCCUUCCCUUUCUUUCCACUCAAAAACCAAAUCUCCAUAGUAAGCUCCUUCUUAUUUUCUAAAUCUCUUAUUCAAAUCUACACACAAAAAAUAUAGAAAAAUAAUCCCAUUUUUAAAACCUUAUAUUAAACAAAACCAAAGAAAAAAAAACACAUCUAGUAGUUUUUAAUAUUUGUUUCAUUUGAAAUUGUUUUUUAUAGUUUUUUUUUUCUAUUUCUUGUGUUUCUUGUACUUUUGAAUGUUUUGGUCAUGGCUGGUUUGGAUUUAAGUACUACUUCUCGUUAUAUUCAUCAACUUCACCACCCGGCUGACUUCAAUCUACAAAGACAUCCAGAUGAUGAAGCUAACAACAACCAAUUUUCCGAUGACCAUCACCAUGAGGAUAACGGUCACCAAAAUCAAGGUGAUAUCGUUGGACGGAGACCUAGAGGGCGGCCACCGGGGUCGAAAAACAAGCCAAAACCACCAGUAAUAAUCACUAGAGAAAGUGCAAACACAUUGAGAGCACAUAUAUUGGAGAUUGGAAAUGGAUGUGAUGUAUUUGAGUGUGUUUCAACUUAUGCUAGGAGAAGACAAAGAGGAAUUUGUAUACUAAGUGGUAGUGGGACAGUAACAAAUGUUAGCAUAAGACAACCUGCUGCAGCUGGUUCUGUAGUAACAUUGCAUGGAAGAUUUGAAAUUCUUUCCCUUUCUGGCUCAUUCUUGCCUCCACCCGCUCCACCAGGUGCGACGAGUUUGACAAUAUUCCUGGCUGGUGGACAAGGGCAAGUUGUUGGAGGAAGUGUAGUAGGGGAAUUGAUUGCUUCUGGACCAGUUAUUGUUAUAGCUUCAUCCUUUACAAAUGUUGCUUAUGAGAGAUUGCCAUUAGAGGAAGAUGAAGGACUUCAAAUUCAACCACAAGUGUCACAAGUCUCUAGUGGCAAUAAUAAUGGCCCUAAUAGUGGUGGUGGUGGUGUUAAUAAUAACAAUAAUAGCCAAUUCCCUGACCCUUCAUCUGGAUUUCCAUUCUUUAAUCUUCCUUUGAAUAUGCCUAAUGGACAACUACCAUUUGGAGUCUAAUAGGUACAUUUUCUUGAAGAUUAGAGUAUAAUGAGUCGUGUUGGCUUCUGUAAUCUGUGUGCAUCAUGACGUUGAAUCACUUCAUUUUCAAGAAGUAAUUAAUGUUGAUUACCUCUUGAAUUUGUGUGCAUCAUGGCAUUCAAUCACCAUAUCUUUGAGAAGUUGAAGUUGCGCGAAAAUUCUUAAUGUACUACCAUGUUUGUCAUAGUGAUGAAUGUAGUGAUUGUUGGAUUUUCCCCAUUUAUUUUUGGGGAAUUUUUUUGUAUUUUUUUUCUUCUUGUUUUGUUUCUUCUUGGUUUUGUAACUCUAUGGAAUUCUGAAAAUAGUGAUGAUCAUCUACUCUUAAUGUUUUUUAUGGAA